UUCACUAGCCUCCCCGCAUUCUCAGCCAGGUGGAGUGCUAAACGAGGCAGCUCCGAGAAAGCUACGGGAGGGAAGGUGGAGGGGAGCCAGGGCUCCGGAGACGCUUGAGGAGAGAAGGCUAAGGUGGAGAGGGGAAGAAGGAGGAGCUUCCUGCCCUUGCCAGCAAACUACCUGGUCGCUUAAUAUCUGAGACUCCAGUACUUGAGCCCCUACCUCUGUUGCCCGCAGCCCCCCAGCCAUCCGCACUCUCCUCUCCCGCCCGUCCUGCUCCCCUUCGUCCCCCCGGGGUUGCCUGGGCGCCAGGACUGGCAUGAUAGGUUGAACUUUGCAGGGUCAGCGCUUCUCCCUGGCUUCCCUCCAGGGGUGCUGAGGCCAGAGGAGAGCAGAGUCCCGGCUCAGGACGAAAAGACAGACCGACAACAGCGCCCAGGCUCGCCGCGAAUCCCUGGCAGCCACCGUCCCCGCCCGCCCAGCCGCCGGGACCAUGUCCAAACCUUCGGACCACAUCAAGCGGCCCAUGAACGCCUUCAUGGUAUGGUCCCGGGGCCAGCGGCGCAAGAUGGCCCAGGAAAACCCGAAGAUGCACAACUCGGAGAUCAGCAAACGCCUAGGCGCCGAAUGGAAGCUUCUGUCCGAGGCAGAGAAGCGGCCGUACAUCGACGAGGCCAAGCGGCUGCGCGCCCAGCAUAUGAAGGAGCACCCAGACUACAAGUACCGGCCGCGGCGCAAGCCCAAGAAUCUACUCAAGAAGGACAGGUAUGUCUUCCCCCUGCCCUACCUGGGCGACACGGACCCGCUCAAGGCGGCCGGCCUGCCGGUGGGGGCCUCCGACGGCCUUCUGAGCGCGCCCGAGAAAGCCCGGGCCUUCUUGCCGCCCGCCUCAGCACCCUACUCCCUGAUGGACCCUGCGCAGUUUAGCUCGAGUGCCAUUCAGAAGAUGGGUGAAGUGCCCCACACCUUGGCCACCGGCGCGCUGCCCUACGCGUCCACCCUGGGCUACCAGAACGGCGCCUUCGGCAGCCUCAGCUGCCCCAGUCAGCACACGCACACGCACCCGUCCCCCACCAACCCCGGCUUCGUGGUGCCCUGUAACUGUACCGCCUGGUCUGCCUCUACCUUGCAGCCCCCCGUUGCGUACAUUCUCUUCCCAGGUAUGACCAAGACUGGCAUAGACCCUUACUCCUCAGCCCACGCCACAGCCAUGUAACCUCUGGCCCGCCCGCCUGACCUGAAGGGCGGCCUGGAAGCGGGGUCUGCACCCUUUCCUUUGCGCCUAGCCCGUGCCCGCAGACGCCUCAAAGGGGUCAGCCCUGCCACCGCCCUAUACUCCACCCCAGACUCUGCCUCUCUCUUCCAGGGGGAGAAGGGAAGGGCACUCUCCCGGACUCAGGGCGCAGACAGGUGCCAGAAACUUGCAAACGUUAUGACAGCUACACAGCUGCCCCAUCCCGACUGUCCCAAAACAAACCUUUGACUGUAUCCCCUUUGGACAAAAAAGUAGGCAGUUUUGCUUUAUUUAUGUCCCUUUCUUUCCUCGGAUGGGCUUUGGACUCCGAAUUCCCAGAUCCUGGUAUUACAUCUAGAAUAUGCAUAUAUAUUUUUCCUUUUGCACCCAGAAGAAAAGAGUUAGCUGUGUCUCUGUGUUUUGCUAUCAGACACAACUAGGCGACAUUUGCUUUUUAUUUGUGUGUGGGGGGGGGGGUAAGGCUUAAAACUUUAAAACUACAGAAAGGGAAACAUUUCUAUUUAAAACCAUGCUAUGGUAGUAUUUGCUUCUUUAAAGGGAAAACUCAAAGGACCCACAUGGUCAUUUACUUUGUGUAAAGCAGUGCUCCUAGAGACGUAAGUUUACUUUUAGGCAGAAUGUCGGGUUAUGAAGUCAGGAAGUAGAAAGGGAACAAAGAACUAAAAGAAUAAAAACAUCUUAAAUGGUCAUAAAUGUUUUAACGAUGUCUUGGAAAUGUGUUUAGAAGGAUUUUACCUCGUUACUCUGUUCAUUUGUUGAACAAAGACGUUUUGAAUAAAGACAAUC